AUGCGAUCCAAGUUUAAGGACGAGCAUCCCUUCGAGAAGCGCAAGGCUGAAGCCGAACGCAUCCGCCAAAAAUACUCAGACCGUAUCCCCGUGAUCUGCGAGAAGGUCGAGAAAUCUGAUAUCGCCACUAUCGACAAAAAGAAGUAUCUCGUCCCCAGCGAUCUCACCGUCGGUCAGUUCGUCUACGUGAUCCGCAAGCGUAUUAAGCUUUCCCCCGAAAAGGCCAUUUUCAUCUUCGUCGAUGAGGUCUUACCGCCUACCGCAGCUUUGAUGAGCUCCAUUUAUGAGGAACAUAAAGAUGAAGAUGGUUUCCUCUACAUCUCCUACUCGGGCGAAAACACGUUUGGUGAAGCCUUAGAAGAAGCCAACUAA